CGAGACUCUUCCUCAAGCCACGUAUGGAUGAAAAUCUCUGGUUAGAGAAGUUGCUUUCCACUCUCUGACUAUGCAGCCGAAAAAAAAUCCACUUGGGUUUAUCCAUUUUGGAGUUGAAGCUCAUGAAUAAUCCUUCAUAAAGAAACCCAAAAGAAAAGUCUGUGCUUUGAUUCUGAAGUUUCCAUCCUUGCCAUGUCAACAGGUUUACAAAUUUGCAUCAAUUUCUCCGCCUUCAGCAGCUUGUGUAAUGAUUCGUGCAAGAAGCAAAGCUAUUCUGGGUUGAAGCUGCCACAACCCAUCAAAUUUUACUGUCUUUCAAGGACAAAGAAUGGUGCCUUUCAUCAAAAUGAGUUCAAAUUGAGGAGUGGUGGGAUGAGAUGGUCUUUCUUGCGAGGGAGCGGGGGUGGAGCUGGGGUUUUUUUGAGGGAUGAGAGGUGGAGGAGGAAGAGAAGAGUGGUUGUGGUUGGGUUUAAUCAGGGUUUUGGGUUUAAUGGUGGUGGCGGUGGUGGUGGGAAAGAUGAUGGUGGCACUGCUAGGAUUUUGGGCAAUCUUGCUCUGGCAAUUGGGUUGACGUAUCUUUCAGUGACUGGGCAGCUUGGUUGGGUUUUGGAUGCUAUUGUUUCCAUUUGGCUCAUCGCUGUGCUUUUACCAAUCGUGGGCUUAGGAGCUUUUCUAUGGUGGGCAGGAAGGGAUAUAGUUCAAAGCACUUGUCCAAACUGUGGAAAUGAAUUUCAGAUUUUUAAGUCUCUUAUGAACAACGAUUUGCAGUUGUGCCCCUACUGUAGUCAACCAUUCUCAGUGGAGGAUAAUAAGUUUAUAAAGGAACCUGUGAAAUUCUCCAACCAAACUACAACAUUCGAGCAAGCAUUCAGUGACUUCUUUCCUGGCUCUAAGAAAGGAAAGGAAUCUUCCACAGCUGUAGUUGACGUUGAAGCAGAAAUAAGGGAUGCAGAAUGAUUCCUUCCAGCCAUACAACUCCUGGCCGCUCGAUAUUUAUAAGGCAUUAUAUCUCUCCAGGUGCUGCCCUUGCAUGUUAGUUGUUACAUCAGGUAUAUUCUUGUUGGAACAGAAUAAAGAUGGCCAGACUCAUGCUGCCGAGAAAUGCAGCAGCCUCAGUGAAGAAGCUUUUGACCAAGAUGAUGUCUUUCUGCCAUACCUUUUGUACAUUAGUUUUUGGUACACAGACUCCAUGAUCUUUUCCCUAUGGUAUUGUGUAUUUUUUGAACUUGUAGGGCACAUAAAAAAAAAAAAAAAUUGGCCACAUCACCUAGGGCUUUGUAAUAAUUUGCUCCAGCAGCUUGAUGAAUUUCAAUGCUUAAGAAUGUCUCUUUUUAUCUUUA